AUGACUAUCAUUCCAGAUGUUUCUCGCCUGGCCUUGAAUGAUCCAGGUCCUGAGAUACAUCAGACAGAAAUUCCAGACGACAUCAACCACGCGCCUGACCGCUACAUGCAGAAACUCAAGCUUUAUGCGACUUCUCUCCCAUAUGCAAUUGAAUCAAAUGCACGGAUGCAAGACAUGUUGGAUUUUAUCCUAAGGCGUAUAGCCCAAUGCGUAGAGGCAAAGGACUUCGAACCGGGUCUUGUUCAGUGGGACAGCAUGAUCACUUACUGGAACAUGCUCAAAUACCCAUUUCCAAAGGAGAAGCGCAUUCGCCUUGCGAAGCUGUAUUUUCAUAUCGCAACGACCCCUGGUAUGCCCACGCAAGUCAUGGCCGUCUGCGCGGAUGGGUUGUCAAAUUUGACUCGUUCGAAAAAGAAAUUGAGCAUUGACGAUAUGAGACUUCCGUGGAAGCCUAUCUAUAAUAUCCUUCGGGAAGACUUGUUUUUAACUCGACGUCAGUUCGAUCGACGUAGCCAACUUUCGUGGUGUAUGGGCUACGUUGCUGAUCUAUCGAGGAGGUUCUUCCACCCCGCGGCCAUUGAAGAGAUGCUGAGCACUUUCUUGCCAGGCUUUAAUGGGAUCAACCUAGACAGCGUUCUUUCGUCACAGUACUAUCUUCUGACCUUCUUACCAUUGACACAUCCUCAAUCGUAUCUCCCUAUGUUAUGUCGUUUGUGGGAGUCUAUCAACUCCUACAUGUACGAUGAAAGGAUGUUGCAAUUCCUGUCACGCCUCGCAGAGAUGCAUGUGGACCCAACUAUCAGUGAUCCUGCUCGCAUUUAUGAUAUUCUCGAUGAUGAAAAGUCUGAAGAUGAGGGCAGACCGAAGUGGAAACAAGAUGAUUACCAUGCAGGACAGACGUGGUCUGGCCUUUAUAAGGAAGUUGGAAUAUUCACUGAGCACGAAUGGCAUCUUAUUAUGUGUAAAUGCCUUGCCUCGAUGGCAAUUCCACUGAAGGAUGCUGGGUCGCUCACCACGGGACCUACGGCCGACUCUUCUUCAAGUUUUGAAAUUGGAAGGCUGCCCAAAGCAAACUGGCGUAUCCCAUCUCUCGCCAAGCUUAUCGUGUACUCUAUGACCCCUGAUGGUGCUUCUGCACCUCCUUCUACUGAGUCUACGCCGUGGUGUACACCAAUGACUUCAGGCGUUAGCACGCCCCAAGUUAGUGGUUCCGUAGGCGAUUAUCUUACAGUGCCACUCCAUAAGUGGGGGCCAUCGAAGCUAUAUCUAGGUGGUUCUAAAGCUCUGGAUUCGCUCGCACGUCUCAUUGCCUCUACGGAACAUUUCUUCCACCCCACCAACUCUGGAAGUUGGACAUCCGAUCUCACUGCCUUCGUCAAGUACAUCGUGUACGAGUUCAACAAACGCUGGCACGAAGAACAACUAUCCGACUGCAAAGUACCUUUGACUCGCCGGCUCACACGAGAGAUGAGAAAAGAACUGGUCAAGUGCCUCCGGACAGUUGUGUUACUUGCCGUUUUCUCCCAGGAUAGUUCCACUGUUUCAAAUGUCCAGAGCGCUCUGAAGUCCAUGUCGUGCAUGGAGCCUGACCUGGUAUUCCAGCCAAUUCUGGAACGAGCUAUUCCUUCGCUAGAGGCUCUCGUUGAGACCCAGCGCACAUUGUCCGUGAUCAAGGCACUGAGCUCUAUUGUUCCUGCAAUCGUUUCCCGAGAUAUUUAUUAUCCAGGCGCUAAGCAUUUGAUCACCAUUCUGCAUCUGCUUGUACCUGGCAUCGAUCUCAAUGACCCAACUAAAACGCUUUGCACGACGACAUUUUUAUCGGAAGUGUCACAGUACAUUAUGUUCGGGGACGUAACAUCCUCCGAGGGUCCAGAGGCUUCUGACGUGGACAUUUCUUCUGGUCAAAUUACUCUAGAUGAUGACCCGGGGGACACCAUUCAAUUGAAGUUGUCUAACGAAGCUGAGGAUGCGCUUCUCAGAGACAGCACUGGCAGUUUUGCGAGUUGGGUAGCCAGCUUCAUACGUCGCGUUAUCCAGCUACUUGAGAAUCUCCCGGAAGAAGGACCGAAUGGGUCAGCCGGAGGGACUACAGAAGUACAAGUGGUGGAUGCUGUGACUGGUGCAUGCAGUCAAAUCUGUGUCCAUUUAUCCGAUCCACUUUUCGACCUCGUGCUCAACAUGAUUUUCGAUUACGCAAGCACAAAUGUUCGUUCUAAUGCUGUCCGUGCGAUACAUCAGUUAGUCGAAUGCAUUGCGAAUGCCCACCCCGAAAAAACUCUGUUUAAGUUCUUGCCCUUCUGUGUGGCAAAUAUCCGCACGGAAAUAGAACAUGGUGCAAGCUCAGUGAGGACGACAUCUCCGUCAUUGCCGCUUCCGUCGGAUGCGACUCUACACUGGAAUCUCGCUAUUCUCCGCGGUUGUGUUUAUAAGUGUCUUCUCGUGUACAAGGGCGAACUCUUGUCAUUAUUAACUCUGCUACGCGACAAAACUUUCUCGAAACGGGGGUACACUUGGAGCGGAAAGUUACUCUCCAGCGCAUUAAUCACACUCACUCAUACUUACCCGAUCGAAAACAAGUUCGUCAACCCCGAACAGUGGAACGAUAAAGAAUUUCAGAGAAACCAUCACUUAUACUGGGGGAAGUUAUUUGAGCCCGGUGAAGUCAAGAUUUCAUGGCAUGUCCCAAGUACCGAAGAGAUUGACUUUUCGCUUCAACUAUUCCGCGAGUUGGUCGAACCUGCGAUGACUCGCCUUGACUUAUUGCUUGAAACAUGUAGUUAUCUCAGUUUUGUCCGAGAAGCGUUCUCCGGAAUUCCAACGCUCUUCAAGGAGUUCAUAUCACCGGACGUGUUGCAAUCCAUGCUCGCCUCAAGUGAUAUUAUUAAUGAAAUUCCUGAAAUGAUUGCAUCAAUUGAGCCUCUGGCCUCCGGGUUUUGCCUCACAGACCCGCAAGAUACCCGAUAUAAGUAUAUUACUAAACUCCGGCGUCGAUUCGGGGAGUUUUUGCACGCAGCAUCCCUGUCUCUGCAAAGACAAGGCGAGGAGAACACAGUUGAUGCUGUACAGAUGCUUAUCAGUUCAAUCCGCACUUAUUUACUCGAGUACGGCGACAGCAAGGAUAGCUACUAUGUAAACACCGACCAAUACAACUCAGAGAUCGACGUGACUCGUCAAUAUUCAGGACAGAAAGUUUGGCCGCGCGCAGUGUUUGUGCGAAGAGCCCGAUUUUAUCAUUCCUCUCGACUAUUUUGGAACUCCAUCGAGCGAGCUAGAGGUCCACUUGAGAACUCCUUGCUGGACGAUGUCGUUGAAUGGUCAAUGUGGCAUUAUCCCUUAUGGUCAUCACAUUUGCAGGUGUACGAUGGUCUUCGUCUUCGAGCUCUUCCAGCACUGUACAAAGCCCUACAACCUGGUACUGAUGAUGAUCGCAUGAAAGGAGCGUUGUGGACGUUGAACAUAUCAUCGUUUGAACCGACGUUAGUGCCAGAGAUCAUCAAGCAACUCCUUGGGUGCCAUCAUAAUGAGAAGCCUUCUAUCCAAAAUUGCGUGUCUACGGUAACAGAUACAUGUCUGGCCAACUUCUCGGAGCCUUGCUAUCUCAUCUAUGACGUUAAGAAUGCCGCUCUGGAUGAAUCCUUACUUGCUCUGAAGAGCUGCUUGUCAUUUAACAAGUCAGAGGAUUCCAUUACUAUCCGGGCCCGUGAGAAGCGCAUUGAGCGUGUAUGUUUGAUGAAUGAAGAAUAUAAUCGAACAACUCGAGCGGUUCUCGAGAUUGCCAAUGACACUGCAACACAUUGGCGCUACGCGAUAGUGGCAGUGAGGGUUCUCCGCACUCUGCUGCGCCGCGAUACUCCAACUUCGCCUAGUCACCUUAAUCUUUUCCUGGAGAAAGUAUGUGACAGCGAUCCUACUAUGUAUGCGCAAAGAGGUAUCAUGAAAGCACUGAGAUACAUCAAGCUUCGAUCGUACUGUCAAAAUCCAGCGGCUUUGGCUCUGUUCUCCCAAAUCAACCCACUACAAUGCAACAUUCCCAUUGAGGGUUCAUAUUCGGCGACCGCUGAGAUACUCACCAAUUUCAAGUUACGGGUUCCUAUUAGAUCUUCGGAGACUCUCGAUCUCAGCAGUAUAUAUUGCGAUACAUUACAUCAAGGCUGGCUCGCCUGGAGUGGUACACUGGCAGCAUACAAACCACCUCAUAGGUCGGAGAGCACCUUCGAAUGGGAACCAUCAAGCGCAGAGGCUUUGUCUUGCCUACGUGAAAUAACAAUGGAUGCAGACUUCUGGAAGAAACUUUCCGGACACUUCGCUGAAGAGAACCACGAGAGUACUGUAGUACAAGACCAUAUAUCAUGCGUCAAAUCGAUAUUCCAAGUAUUGGGUGAUGAACCCUGGGACUUGUUGAAGCCCAAACUGGAGAUAUUACUAGCCGACCAAGAUAAGAACAAGCAAAGGGCUGCGGCAGAACUUUUGGCUGGUGUUUUAAACGGUUCUAAACAUUGGCCACAAGAGGCCCAAGAUCAAAUCUGGCAAUGGUUCACUCCCUACAUUAAGAAGACGCUAGAUCAGAGCAUGAAGACAGAGACUGUACCCAUCUGGACUUCAUUUGUCGGGUACAUGUUCCAUCACAAAGAUCCGCGGCGACUCCAACCACUCGUUGAGCAUCUCGUUGAACAAUUUAACAGCAUGGACUACAAUGGACCAUCAUCCCUGGAAUCUGUCAAAGUUCUGGCAUUAUUUCGGGCAUUCUACACUGAAUUAGAGUGGAAAUUCAUAUCUUGGUCGGACAGCACCAUGGAUCGAUUUUGGCGCGAGGUGCACAGUGAACACGAUGAUGUAAGAUCACAUGUUGCUGAGAUAAUGGCAUUCUGCAACGGUAUCAAGUGGCAACCCAAGCCUGCGUCUCUCGAUGUCGAAGCUUUCGUACGGGAGUGUCGAGAAAUGACUGAUGACGCAGAUAUCAUGGGCAUACGUGGUACCUAUCACACAAACAGAGUUCUCGAACUCGUGGACAACUUCAAAGUGUGGAGAGAGCAGCGGCUACCAGGUGUGAGAGCCUAUCAGUCAACCUAUGACAGAGUUGGGAUCGUUGUUUGCCGAUGGUUGUUCCUGUCAGUCCACAGUACUGAUGCCAUAUCUGCAUUCGACUAUAUUUUGCCUCUUAUGCCUGAACUUUUCCGUUUCACUGAAGUGAAUGAUAACGAGGAGCUAGUAAGGCAUGCUAAUGUACUUCUUUUUCGCAUGUGCGGAGUCGCUCCUCCACGAUCAAUGAUCGGCCCCUUAUUGAGUGCUAUAUUCUCCGCCAUCCAGACGUCACCAUCAUGGAAGGUUCGCUUGAAGGCCCUACCAAUUCUACAGGUUCUGUACUUCCGACAACUUCCUCUGAUUAGCGAAAGCGAAGUCAAUGACAUUCUAGACGUAUUGUGUCAAUGCUUGGACGACGAAGUCGUGGAGGUGCGAGAGAUGGUUGGGACCACCUUGUCGGGAAUACUUCGACUGUCUCCGAGGCGCAGCGUUGUGACUUUGAAGGACCGAUUUGUCAAACUGGCGGGAAAGAUUCAGCUCCCUGAUCGCGUGUCGCCAGUUUACAAUGCUGCUGUUCGUCAGCGGCACGCCGCUAUCAUUGGCAUAUGCGCCCUCAUUGACAGUUUCCCGUACACCAUUGAGAAAUGGAUGCCAGGGCUCUUGACGACAGUGAUGCUGGAACACACACAUGAUCCUAUUCCAAUUUCGACAACUAUCCACAGGUGCGCGAGCAAUUUUAGGAAAACACAUCAAGACACUUGGCAUGAAGACUCCCGGCGCUUUACGGAUGAUCAGCUGGCAGCUCUGUCGACGUUACUGACCGGAUCAUCGUAUUGUAAGUGUAAAUUAUAG